UGAAUAUUUCCAAUUUUUUUAUGUGAUCAGGGGAAAAUCUAAUGUUUGAGGUUCUGUUUCCGUGUUCCUAGAUGCUUUUGUUUCAAGUUUUGAUGCUAGCUUUGGAAAUUGCUUGGGUUGCUUCAUUUCUGAGCAUGUUUAUUAUAUUUUAUAUGGAAGUUUUGGUUGGUGUUGUUAGAUAGAGGGGUGUAGAUUCAGCUAGCAGGGACAUGCUUUUGGUGUCAUCGCCAAUGUUCUAUGCAUGUUUCUUCCUGUGAAAUUUCAAUUGAUCCUUCUCUAUCUUCAAUUCACAAGUAUUAGCUCCUAUAUCAGUUGACACGUGGCACUUGCAUGAAUGUCAUGUUGUGCUCGAGGUUUUUGUGAAUUGUAUGAAAGAAGGUCAUUCAGUUCUGUUUAGUACUGAUGCAUGUCCUUUUGGACCGUAGUUUGUGAUGAAGACUGAAUAAAAGAUUUGAUUUUCCAUGACGACUAUCAAAUCAUUGAGAUGGCUGAUGAGGAAAAAGAGUGGCUUGUCUGAUGGGCAGGGAAAAUCAAGUUGGAAGAUGAAACAGCUGCCUUUCAUGGCAGUUGUGUGUACAGUAAUGUUGUUCAUUGUGUAUAGAACUACAAAGUAUCAAUAUCACCAAGAAGAGAUUGACAGACAAUGGAGUUUCUGGGGAGAGACAAAGGCAUAUCCCGCAACUUCUAGGAUGUUGAGAGGCUUGCCACGAGGUAUAAUACAUGCUAGUUCAGAUCUUGAGCUAAAGCCAUUAUGGUUGAGAAGUAAUUCAAGGUCAAAGGCUAGUGUUUACUCCAAUCGUAACUUGCUGGCAGUUCCAGUUGGUAUUAAGCAAAAGCGUAAUGUUGAUAUCAUGGUGCAAAAGUUCCUUUCAGCAAAUUUUACUAUUAUUUUGUUCCAUUAUGAUGGCAAUGUGGAUGGAUGGUUGAAUCUUGGCUGGAGUAGCAAAGCCGCACAUAUUGUUGCACAGAAUCAAACAAAGUGGUGGUUUGCAAAAAGAUUUUUACAUCCAGAUAUAGUUUCUAUUUAUGAUUAUAUCUUUCUGUGGGAUGAGGAUUUAGGAGUGCAGCAUUUUUCUCCAUCAAGAUACAUUAAAAUUAUAAAGGAAGAAGGUUUGGAGAUAUCCCAACCAGCUCUUGAUCCAAAUUCAACUGAGAUACAUCAUAGAAUCACAGUCCGAGCUAGAAGCAAGAAAGUUCAUAGACGAGUCUAUGAGCGCAGGGGCAAUACAAGAUGUUCAGAUGCAAGUGAAGGGCCUCCAUGCACUGGGUUUGUAGAAGGUAUGGCUCCAGUUUUCUCUCGAUCUGCCUGGUAUUGUACAUGGCAUCUUAUACAGAAUGACCUUGUACAUGGAUGGGGAAUGGAUAUGAAACUAGGAUAUUGUGCACAGGGUGAUCGAACUAAAAAAGUGGGAGUUGUUGAUAGUGAAUAUGUUGUUCAUAAGGGAAUACAGACCCUGGGUGGGAGUGAUCAUGGUACAACAAAGGUUUCAAAACUUAAAAAGACAACUACGCAGAAACAAGGUGGAGCAGCAAUUGAUAUGCGAGCUGAGAUACGAAGACAGUCAACAUGGGAACUUGAAAUCUUCAAAAAGCGUUGGAAUGAAGCUGUUUCUGUGGACAAAAACUGGGUUGAUCCAUUUAGGAGUAGAACUGACCAAAGACGCAUUAGAAGAUGGCGCGGCACCCAUUAACUCAUGUUAAGCUUCAUAAUUCACAGGCAUUAAUUACGUUUAUUCAUAGGCAUACAUUAGUUUGUGUACGUAGCUGAGUGAAUUCUUAUAUAGUGUUAGCUGAGUGAAUUCUUAAUACAUUCAAUUUUGAAAAAGAACAGGUUCACCUUUCUAUU